UCGCACGCCGGAAGAAAGAAAGUGCAUGGACUAGAAUCAAUGGCUGCAAUGGGGCCCCGGUGGAGGGUUCUUGUGCGCCCAUGGACAGGGCUUUUCAACUCGCCCAGCUUCGCAGGAAAACCUGAGAAGGAACCAACCACACAGAUAGCGAACCCGAGGUCUAUUCCAACCGUGGAAGGGUGGGGGAGGAGGAGAAGGAGGAGAGACGAGGUGUUGUUGGUUGGUGGACUCAGCAGCAGGCGGGUGAAUGCCACCAUUGCUCGCAUCGUUGAUUAGAGAAACUGCCAGGGGAGGGGCGGAAGGAAAAGAGGCAGGGGGCUGCUGGUGACCCCCGUGCUGCAUCAUUUGAAAGCCAUGGCAAGCGCGCCAAGCACCGCCGUCUGCAUGACAGCUAGCGCCUUCCGUGCGGACGUGACUUGUGUUCAGCAUCGGGUGCGGGCCGCUUGCCUCGACUCCUCCUCCUCCUCCUCCUCCUCCUCCUCAGCGACCGCUGCAUACUGCGGUGGAGGUUGCUCUACUGACAGCCUGACGGUCGUUCCGGCCGGCUUGGGGACGGACGCUUCGGCGCUCAGGGCGAGACGACGGGCUGUUGUGUCCCGCUCCCUCGAUUCGCAGAAUGGCAACAUCACGUACAAUGUGCUGGUUCUAGGUGCAUCCACCGGCGGGCUGAGGUGUGCCAAGCCACCCCCUCCCAGAGGGGGAGGGACGAUCCUGGCAGCGGCUCAAGGGCUGUGCGUGAGACACGUGGAUCUGGAAAACUGGGUGCGCGUCGAGGAGAGCGAGAGCCUCGGCCUUGCAAGCCAGCACUUACCCCCGUGGCGAUCAAGAAGGGGUUGGGAAGGUGGGGGAGGGGAGAAGAGCCAGAGGGCGUACCGCAGGCGGUCUCACUCCGUGAGAGCUUCGGCGCGCGAUGGCCAUGGCUAUGCGCCAAAAGACGCGGGGAGCAACGGCAGGAAACGUGGUGGCGAUGGCGGCGGAGGGGAAAGUGGAGCAGGAGGAUGGCGAGAAGCCGGGGCGACGUCCGCCGCUCCCCCGCGCUUGCCGCCAUCGCCCCCAAGCCUUUCCCCUUCUUCUUCGCCGAUUAGCCACUGGGAUCUGUUGCGCAACGAUGUGCACUACCUGGACUGGCGCGCGAGACAAGACGUAAAUGCCAUAAAGGAGGCGCACGACAGAGUCGUGGAGGUGCUGAACCCGGUAGCACGGGAGAGUAAGUCUAUAUCGACGCUGAGGGAACAGCUGACAGAAUUGCAGGGCGACUUGGCCAAAGCUCACGACCAGGUUCACGUGUCGGAGGCGAGAGUAGAGCAUACAAUGCAGAGGUUGCUGGCGAUGGAGGCGCUGAUGAACGAAUCUUAUGCGAGGGUGAUAAAGAGCAGUGGCACGGAAGAGGCAGCAGCGGUGAAGAUAGACCAGACAUCGACAGAGGGACAGAUGAUGGUAGCCAUACAACACGAGGGCGACAAGAAGGGCGACGGUGAGGAUAACGACAUCAUGGAGGAAGAGGAGGAGGAGGAGGAGGAGGAGGAGGAGGAGGAGGAGAUGGGAGCGGCAUGGACGGAGGGGAAGAUGGCGGCCAACUUGCCGUCUUCCUUGCCAAUGGGUUCGGCGACAGGAGCGGACAUGAGGAGUAGGAAGAAGAGCAUUUUGGACGACGUCGAGAUCGACGGCGCUGGGUCUCCAUUCCCCUCAGGGUCACCGGUCAGAUCGGCUCAACCUUACUCCUACGCUUAUUGCCCCUCCGCUGAUUCCCCUUCCUCCCUUGAUGAUGCGAAUCCUCGCGGCUCUAUCCGAUCCGAAACCCCGCUGGCGGACGAUCAGGUGGCGUCCUCGUCAUCGUCGACAGGAGGCGGCGUUGUGGCGGUGGCGCCGGCGGGGCCUCGCCCCCAGCGAAAGAAGAAGGGGCUGGAUGUCUCGGGCCCGCCGAAGCCCUACGUGGGGCUGCGGAAUUUCUGGUAUCCUGUCGCCUUCUCCGCCGACGUGGACGAUAAGACUCUGUUGCCUUUUGAUUGCUUCGAAGAGCCAUGGGUGCUCUUCCGCAAUCUGGAGGGGCGUAUCGGGUGCGUGCGCGACGAGUGCGCUCAUCGCGCUUGUCCGCUCUCCUUGGGGAAAGUGGUCGAUGGCCGCGUGCAGUGCCCUUAUCACGGCUGGGAGUAUUCCACGUCCGGAUCGUGCGAGAGGAUGCCCUCGACGACGCCCUCGCGGGUUAGCGUGAGGUCGCUCCCCUGCGUGGAACAGGACGGAAUGAUAUGGGUGUGGCCAGGUAGCGACACACCUGCCGCGCACAUCUCCAGCUGUCAGCCUCCGCCGGGCUACACCAUUCACGCGCAAAUCGUCGUGGACGUGCCAGUGGAGCACGGCCUCCUAGUCGAGAACCUCCUCGAUCUUGCGCACGCUCCGUUCACCCAUACCACCACUUUCGCUAAGGGGUGGGCGAUCCCGAACCUAGUGCAGUUCAAGACGAUGGCCGCCACCGCUUUGCGCGGCCACUGGGACCCCUACCCCAUCGACAUGGAAUUCCGCCCCCCUUGCAUGGUGCUGUCCUCCAUCGGCCUCGCACAGCCGGGCAAACUUGAGGGCAAGAAUGCGCACGAAUGCGAGAAACACCUACACCAGCUGCACGUCUGCGUGCCUUCCAGCAGAGGUAAGACCCGUCUCCUGUACCGCAUGAGUCUCGACUUCGCUAAAUGGGCCAAGUACGUGCCGUACGUCGAUCGGCUAUGGCAGCACAUGGCCAACCAGGUUCUCGCGGAAGACAUGCGCCUCGUCGAGGGACAACAGGACAGGAUGAAACGCGGGGCAAACGUCUGGAACUACCCGGUUCCGUACGACCAGCUGGGCGUCCGAUACCGGCGAUGGAGAAUUAGCGUUGAGAACGGUGACAACCUGCCACGUGCCUGAUGGUCACGAGUGCAAUGAUUGGCAAUGAUAAUCGACCUUGGGGGGAAUGAUGCACUUGGUCAAGGUGCUGCUGCUGACGCUGGGAGAUAGGAUAGAGGGAUGGUCUUUGUCGUGCUGCUGAUAAUGAUGACGAUGAUGACCAUGGCGACGGAAAUGACCGCAACGACGACGAUGGGACAUGGAUGACGGUGAUGGGAAAAAAGCAUACUCAUGGAUGACGGUGAUGGGAAAAAAAAACAUACUCCGACCGAUGAUUAUCGACUACGACGAUCGCAAUAAUUAGUUAAUAAUAGAGUACUAGCCAUCACCGAAAGUCCAGGCACAGCGCCCGUGGCGCACAACCACCUCCCUCUUGACGUGUGCUGUUACUUAGUCUCCUGCUUCGGCACCUCCGUCCUCCAGCCCCUCUCUCGCAUUUAGCUGCUCUGCCAUGACGGGCUUCCGCCUUUCCUUCACACUUUGUCUCUUCAUGAGGCUCUGCUUGUAUUGGGUCCUGGCGGCGUUCUCGUCGUCGUCUGUCGUCGGUGCGGUCACGUGUAAUUAUUUUUGUAAGUAACUACAUUUAUUUGGGAGCUCACUUCUCCUGCGCCCCCCCCC